GACUCAUCUAACAUUGCCAAGUACAAAAGAGCAUCACCCUCCUGGACUUUGAACGAAUAUGACUCCAUAAAACAUACACUUCUGUUGAAAUUUGGCAUUUUCCUGGCGCCAACUAUUUUGCUCCUUCGACUUUCCUCAAAAACAUAUUACGUCGAGAAUGUCAGGCAUAUGAGGAUUCAUUACUAGCUGCUGUUCUCCAUUCCCUACCGAUCGCAUCCAGUUCACUGCCACCAUCAUCAAUCACAAUGUCACGCGCCGCUGCAAAGGGUGGCAGGAAACCUUUACCGCCAGGCUCGGAAUUUAACUGGCAAAAGGUGCCAGGCGAACUACCCGAAACAGCUCCGACGCCUCUAUUUCCUGCAUACGAGGUUCCUCAAGUAGAGAAAUUGCAAGGCCGAGAAAAAAAAGAAGUGGAACGUUACCGGACGUUGAGGGAGCACUUUCAUAAUGGGCCUUAUUAUGCCGUUGUCAAUGCAGCCAGUACUUCGGCAAAACAAGGCACGAAAGAGAGAGCUCAGUUCGACCCAUUUCAUGGUAUGCAGUCAUACAGUUCACGAUAUCAAAAAAGGAAGAGGACGAUACCUAAAAUCGCCGGCCGAGAAUAUAUCGUGAACUUCUUCCCUCGCGAGUUAUGGCGUAUUGUCCGUCCAAAUUACAAACCAGACCAGUCACAUACUGGGUUUGCAAUGGCAAGUGUUUCUAAAAUGCGAGCUCAAUUUGAAGACGACGAAGAAGAUGAAGAAGACAACGUGGAGGAAGGGCCGUCUAAGCAGCAAAAGGGCGAUAAUGACGAUGUAGAUGAACAAGACGAUAAAAGUGUCGAUGACGAGGAAGAUAAGGAGAACGAAGAAGAGGAUGACGAAUUACGAGACGACGACUUCUCAGAAGAUGAUGACGAUAUGGGUGGCGAUUAUAAUGCAGAACAGUACUUCGAUGCUGGGGACGAUGAGGGCGAUGGGGAUGGAUUUGGCGAUGGCGGUGGAGGAGGGGGAGGGGGAGAUGAUGACUUUUACUAGCACAGACACUAUGUUUAUCUAUGCAUUAUAACUAGGAUACCCAAACACGUUCGCAUCUACGGCGCCAUAAGAAUUUACACAAUCAAUGAAUGAUUGGCGGUCGCAUGGGUUGACCUUGAUCAGACGCGGAUUACAUGCCGGAAGGUUAGAUAGCUAUGAAUACCUUCUGUCUCUUCAUAGCUUUUUCAGAGUGAUUAGGUCAUUAGAAAGAGAAAUAUUUUACCAUCUUCCUG